UUACUUUUAAUAUAAAAUAUAUGUGAAAAGGUCACGUGACUGCUUUUUUUCUCCCUCCUUCCUUGAAAUCGUCGGUCGGAGCCUCUCCUGUCCGCUCAAACGCCUCGCGGAACAUUCGUGUUUUACAGUCCAGGCAACUACCGACAGAUAAGGUUUCUCGGUGAGAUGGCAAAUCAAAAUGCAGUUGGUUUUAACCCAAGAGGAGGAAUCAGUGCAGUUUGGUUCAGGAAAAAUGACUGUGAGCCAACGUUUGUUUUUUGUCGAUCAAAAGUCCCUCCUGAAGAUGACGAACCCAAUGAUGAGAAUGUUGGUGGAUUCAGCAACACAGAUGAUGAUGUAGUCCAUGAACACUUGGAUGAAGCUGAAAUUCUUGAAGACAGUGACGGGCCGACUAUAGAUGUAACUUCUGCACUUGGGUGCAAAAGUGAACUUAUUUCUGAGAACCUUCUCUUGGAAAGUAAGGAGGAAGAAACUGAUGAUGAUGAUGAUGAUGACCCAGCUGUCAUUUCUCAGUUUGGCAUGUCACCUGUUAAAGACAUUCUCUCAGAUGAGGAGCUUCAAAUGGACCAGAAGACCCACUUGAACACUCCAGAUGAAAACACAAAGGAUAAAGUGUGGGAAACAGACUGGCACAGCGAUCACAUGGCUGCUCUGAGCAAUGAGAAGUUUGAUAACCUUCUGGAAGGUUGUCCAGAUUUUCAUGGCUGUAAAAGUCACAUGGCUGCAUUUGUUCUGAUCAAAGAAGUGCCAGACACAGCAGGUCGUCCCUGUGAGCGUUAUAGUGUGGUGGCGCUCGGAGCCGGACGUUCAAUCUCUGCCAAGUGGCUUUGCUACAAUGGGAUGAUGGUCCACGAUUGCCACGCUAUCGUGAUUGCCAGAAGGGCUCUUUUGAGGUUUUUAUACAAAGAGCUCAUGCUUUUCUUCAGCGCCGAUCCAAAGGCCAAGGAGAACAGUAUUUUUGAGAAAAGUGCCGACAGCCACCAGCUACAGCUCAAACCCCAAAUCAGCCUUCAUCUCUACGCCAAUCAUUUUCCUGAGGGAACCAACGAGAACUUCAGCUUCCAAAGCCCACUUGGCAUGAAGACCACCAUGAAGCUUCAGUAUCACACCAAAGGCUCGCUGGUCCCCAUAGUCUACCUUGACCCGAGCCAAUGGAGCGCAAAAGUGUGCUGCAUCUCCGAAAGUAACAAGUUGUGUCGCUGGAGCGUCACCGGGGUUCAGGGGGCGCUACUGAGCCACUUCAUCGAACCACUUUACAUCACCAGCAUGGUGCUAGGAGUCCAAAAGAUCUUGCUAAAGGAAGUGUCUGAUAUCACCAACAACCAGCUGGGUGAUGGAUGGCAGAGCUUUUUGCUUCCACCAUACAAGAGGCAGAACAUCCUCUUUCUGUGUGCGGAGCAGGCGGGACCUGGGGUGACGUCUCCACUCUACAGCAAAGUCGGCAUCAACUGGUGCCUCGGAGAUGAGGCCGUCGAAGUGCUGGACGCUAGCAAAGGCACUGUUGCCGAGGGAUCUCCGUGUGUGAGUGGACCUGACCUGUCCAGCAGAGUUUGCAAAAGAGCCCUCUGCAGUUACUUCAGGCAGGUUGCUCAGCUGGCUGGGCACACCCAUCUGCUGAAGCUUCCCACCUACCUCAGCAUCAAGGAUGAAGCUACCAAGUAUCAGGCGGUUAAAGAUCUCGUCAAGCAGCAGUUCCUGACCAUCGGAGCCGGACCCUGGAAUUCCAAAAAGCUGGUGGAUCGGUUCAGUGCUUGAACCGUUGUUGAAGAAAAAGCAGUUUUCUCCAAAGUUCCCUUUGUUAGUUUUACCAGUUCUGUUGCUUCAUGUACACCACAGUUUUGAGUUGAUGUAGGUGUUUGUGAAAAAUAAACAAGACCCCGCUGUUG